AGCCGUUGUGGCCCCGGGCCGCCCCGCUCUCAGGGCUCCCGCGGGCGCGCCCGCUCCCCCCGCCCCGCCCGCGCGCCCGCGAGGGGGGAGGUGAUGCUUUGGCAGCCGAAGGAGGCCACCACGGAGGUGCUGGGCGAGGCCCAGGGCAAGGCCGACGCGGUGCCCGCGACGGACCCAGAGGCAAAGAUCUACAGCAAGGCGACAUUGUUGAGGGUGUUCGAGCAGAGCGGAGAAGUGCGGAGGUGCCAGCCGACCCCACCCACCACCGCAGGGGCAGCGACCAGCUCGGAGCCGCCUUCGCCCCGGCCAGAGUCCGACGAGCCCAGAGAGGAGCGCGGGACGUUCCCCGUGCUGGCGCCCGCGAGCCGGGCGGGGAGGAGCGCGGCGAGCCGAGGGGCGCAGGCCGCGCGCAUCGGCGGGCCCCAGGCGCAGGCGGCGGCGAUGGCGCAGGCGCAGGCGAUGGCGAUGGUGGAUCCCGCGAGCGCCCCCACCACGGUGAUGUUGCGGAACAUCCCGAGCCAGUUCACGAGGAAGUUGUUGCAGUCGGCGUUGAAGGACAAGGGCUUCGCCAACGCCUACGAUUUCCUGUACCUCCCCAUAGACCACUCCAGCGGGAGGAGCAUGGGCUACGCCUUUAUCAACUUCCGCACGCAGGCCUGGUGCGGCAUGUUCGCCGAGGCGUUCAACGGCGUCCCGGUGAACCAGUGCCUGUCCGGCUUCCGAGCGAACAGUCGCGCGGCAGCGUCCGGCGGCAAGGUCUUCGACGUGCGCAUCGCCCAGGUGCAAGGCUUCGAGGCGAACUUCGCGAGGGUGAGCGCUGGUAGACACGUCGGAGAGAAGGAGGAGUGGCGCCCGAUCUUCCUGGGCCCCGACGGGAGCCGCAUCCCCCUGCAGGCCUCCCCGCCCCAGGCGCACGGCAACGGGAGCGCGGCCAUGUGGCCCGACCCGUACUCCUUUCUGCAGCAACAGGCCUUCGACGAGGCCUACUUCCCCACCGAUUGGGCCGCCACGUUCGGCGCCUGGGCGGAGCAGGCCUUCGAGGAGGACGCGCCCGCCCCCUGGGAGAACGCCCACGGCGGCGCUGGCGCCGCGGGCCAUGGCGCCUCGAUGCGCAUGGAGGCGUGUGAGUUCGUCCCGGGGAUGGAGGCGCCUGUCAUCGAGCGGAUCGUGGACGGCGUUCCGAUCGUGGCCGCCGAGAGUCAUCUCAAGGCGAAGGAGUUGGCCGAGAUGCAGGCAAAGGCGCGCGCGCAGCCGCCGAGCGGCAAGGACCGGGGCCCCGGCGGAGACCUCCCAGGCUCCGGCUCCAAGGAGGCGAGGCUGCAGCAGCAGAUAGAGUAUUACUUCUCCGUCAACAACGUCUGCCACGACAUGCACCUGCGGGCUCUGAUGGACCGCUUCGGCUGGGUGAGGCUUGAGGCGCUCUGCGAGUUCCCGCGCCUGAGAUCGCUGGGGGCCACCGCGGCCACCGCGGCCGAGGCGCUGCGGACCUCCGAGACAGUGGAGCUCUCCUCCGACGCGCACCGCGCGCGGAUCCGCAACGUCACGCUGCGGGAGGCGUUCCCGAAGGUUGUGGACCCGGUCGCCCGGAUCGGGCCGCCCGUGGCGGCCGCAGAGGCGGCGGCGGCGGCGGCGGCGCGGGGUGGCACGACCCAGGCUGCGGGCCUGGGCGGGGCGACGUGAGCCGUCGGGCCCUCUGCUGGCCCCUGGCGCGGGCCAGCCCCGAAGCGGCCCGGGCCGCGCCAGCCGCUCGCGAGAGCCUUGGGGGAGGAGGAGGAGGAGGAGGAGGAGGAGGAGGAGGAGCAUAAACAUUGCAUAGUCCUCACCGCCCUUGGCCGCCCGCCCUCGAGGAGGGGGCGGCCAACCGCAGCAAGCAGCUGCCGCUUGCCCGAGGUUGCUCGCUUGAACAAGGGCCCGGCCCGCCGUGGGCACCCCGGCGAGCCCGCCGCGGGUGGUGGCGAGAGGGAGGGAGCG